CGCAGAUUUGAAAAACUUUAAAAAUUAAUAAUUUAUUCGUACAUUUUCUUGAAUUUUUGAUUCUAAUCGUAUUUUUUUCACAUUUUCUACCUUUUAAAGCACAACCUACCUCAAAAAUGGGAAGAUAUGAAAAAUACUUUUGCUUAAGCAUUCAAUCAACACUGAUCUGUAUGGGAGUUAUUAUGUCAAUUGCCAGUAUGUUUGCUAAUCUUUUAAAUCUAAGAAUUUUUAUUUCCAUGAUGGAUACAGACCAUCUUAAGGGUAAUUUACUUGCACCAGUCAUUGCAGUUUUGACAAUCGUUUUCCUAUUCAUCUAUACAGUUCAUGCAGUUUUGCAGUGUUCACUUUGUUGUAGAGCUUGCUACAAAAAUCCAGUUGUUUAUUUCAAAUUGUACAUCAUAUGUUUAUCUAUCGUCGCUUUAUGUGCCUUAACUGAUGCAGUUUUAAAGUUUAUGUUGAUUCCAACUUUGUCAAUAUUUUAUUUUAUAUUCUUCAUUGCUCUCGUUUUCUGUAUAAUUGUUGCUUUAAUGGCAAGACAAGAACUUAUGGAAGUACAAAUAAAGGAAUUGAUUAAAUUCAAUUCUGGUCAAGGAGGUUCAAUUAUUGCAACCAAAGAUAGCGUUUUUCCAAAAUAUGCAAUGCCACUUCAGGUUGAGAAACUUGAAAAUGGAAGUUCAAGUAGAGCAGCUUAUGGAAAUUUACCUGAAGCACAGCCUUUGAAUAAAGCUUACUAAUCAAAAGUCAAUUGUCAAUUUCUUAAAAAUAUUGAAGUGACUUAAAUAAUAAUGUGAGAAGGUUCCAGCAAAGCGAUGUGUUACUUCAAGUUGCGACGAGCUGGAGGUACUGCGAUCCUGAUCAUCAUCGAUAGAAUCUUUUGUACCGUACUCUGUUGAUUUAAAUAAUAAAAAUUUGCCUAAAUUCAAUACUAACUUAAAACAUUUUGUUUUGUUUUGAAUUCUUUUAAGUUGAAUUAAUUUUCAGAUUAGAAAAUAG